AUGACCAGUACAUUUCUGCUCUUUCUCUCUCCCCCUCCUUUUUUUCUCUCUCUCCCCCUCCUUUUUUCUCUCUCUCCCCCCUCCUUUUUUUCUCUCUCUCUCCCCUCCCUUUUUUCUCUCUCUCUCCCCCUUUUUUCUCUCUCUCUCCCCCUUUUUUCUCUCUCUCUCCCCCUUUUUUCUCUCUCUCUCCCCCUCCUUUUUUCUCUCUCUCCCCCUCCUUUUUCUCUCUCUCUCCCCCUCCUUUUUUUCUCUCUCUCUCCCCCUCCUUUUUUCUCUCUCUCCCCCCUCCUUUUUUUCUCUCUCUCUCUCCCCCUCCUUUUUUUUCUCUCUCUCUCCCCCCUCCUUUUUCUCUCUCUCUCCCCCCCUCCUUUUUUCUCUCUCUCUCUCCCCCCCCUUUUUUUUCUCUCUCUCUCCCCCCUCCUUUUUUUCUCUCUCUCUCCCCCUUUUUUCUCUCUCUCUCCCCCCUCCUUUUUUUCUCUCUCUCUCCCCCCCUCCUUUUUCUCUCUCUCUCUCUCCCCCCUCCUUUUUUUCUCUCUCUCCCCCUCCUUUUUUCUCUCUCUCUCCCCCCCCUCCUUUUUUUUCUCUCUCUCUCUCCCCCCCCUUUUUUUCUCUCUCUCUCCCCCCCCUUUUUCUCUCUCUCUCCCUCCCCCCCCCCUUUUUUUUCUCUCUCUCUCUCUGACCCCCUGCUUUUUCUCUCUCUCUCCCCCCUGCUUUUUCUCUCUCUCUGACCCCCUGCUUUUUCUCUCUCUCUCUGACCCCCUUUUUUUCUCUCUCUCUGACCCCCUGCUUUUUCUCUCUCUCUCUGACCCCCCCUGCUUUUUUUCUCUCUCUCUCUGA